AUGUUUCGUAAUUCGCUGGUAAGGGUUCAACAAAUAACUCCGAGGAGAUUGGCUACCACUGUGCCCACACUCUCCAAGGCUUCCAUAGUGGAUUUGAACCAAAGAUGGGAUACUAUGCCAUUGGCACAGCAAGAAGAUAUAGUAAACAAGUUGACUGAGCGUCAGAAACUACCAUGGAAAGAUCUAACGCCCUCGGAGAAACAGGCUGCUUGGUACAUAUCGUAUGGUGAAUGGGGUCCCAGAAGGCCCGUUCUCGAUAAAGGUGACGCCUCUUAUAUCUUAAAAGGUGUAGUGUUUGGUUUAGGCGUUGCGAUGGGACUAUUUGCCUUCACCAGAAUGUUUGCUGGUGAGGCCCCGGUUAGUAUGAAUAAGGAAUGGCAACUAAAAUCUGACGAGUACUUGAAAUCAAAAAAUGCCAAUCCAUGGGGCGGAUAUUCCCAAGUUCAAUCAAAGUGA